AUGGCGAGAGAAGAGGCCAAGUCAGGAACUGCAACCAGUAACGACUACGACGUGUUCUUGUCCUUUCGAGGACCCGACACUCGCAACAUAUUCGCAGAUUUCCUCUAUGUGUUCAUGAAAAACAAGGGAAUCCGCGUUUUUAGGGAUGAGGAAGAGUUAUCGCCGGGAGAAAAGAUCUCAGAGAUCUUGCGAGCAGUAGAAAGCUCUCAAAUAUACAUUCCUAUUUUCUCCAAAAACUAUGCUUCGAGUAGGUGGUGCCUCCGAGAGCUGAAAUACAUGGUGGACGGCCAUGGCAAACACCCAUCGAAACGAAUACUACCUAUCUUUUACAAUGUGGACCCAGAGGAUGUUAAGCUUGAAACAGAGUUGUACAAAAGCGCCCUAACCGAGCAUGAGGAGGACCCCGACUGCACUGACUGGAAGGAGGCUUUGACCUCGGUGGCUAGAAUCAAGGGGUGGCAUAUAAAAGAUCAAAGGUACUGA